CAAACUUCACUACACACGAUUCUAAACAUUGAAGACAUAUUGAUUUAUUAUUGACGUUGAUAAGAAUGAAUCCAUGAAAUGCACAUCAAGAAGGAUGAUGAGUUUAUUUUUCUAAACACUGUUCACUUACACAUUGUGAAAAACUUUGGACUUGUUUAGUGAAAACCGAGUUUGAAGCUCCAGAAUAUUGAAGUGUUUUCACCGUGACUGGGGCCUUAUUUACGCCGUACAUUUUGUCGUUCCACCCGCCCAGCUCUUAGGUCGACUUGGUCAGCUCACCAGUGCCCUGUUGGACCGGCGUGUGGGAAUUUCGUUGCGACUUAGCGAGGUUGUUCUUUUUGUAUCGUUUACUCUGGAUCCUCAAAAUGGUGUACCUGAAGCUGACUGUUUAGGAUGCUUUGAAUUUGAUCGUUUGGAGGUGUGGAUUUAACUUCACUGAACUUGAAGAUGUGCCCAGCAAAGACACGUGACCCUAGGUCAUAUAUCCAGCCCAUUCCACUUGCUCUACCUUCAAAUCAAGGGGAACAAAUCUUGGCUCGCUCUGACACUCAAUACAAGACAAAUCGUACCUCAACAACUAAUGAUGAAAUAUUUAAGGCCAACUAUGCAAGAAGGCUUCAUCAGAUUGGUGAGCAAGGGUACCGGUCUGUAAAUCACAAACCUUAUCAACUACUGGGAGAACCGCUUUAUCUCGAAGAGAAGAAAUUAAUUCUACAUUCACUUGGACAAAAUGGGGCCCAGUUUGAAGAGUCUUCAGGGAGUGGUUCUGAUGAGGAAGGAGAUGACGAGAAAGAAAAGAAGAAAGAUUCCUCCUUAAUGCAACAACCCGAACAAAAACCUCCUCCAAGAAAAUUUGUCUUCCGUCGGAAUCAUAAGAACAAGAAAUCAUUAAGUAAAGAAAUUGUAUCUGCAAGGAAAAUGGUAAACUGGGUCAAACUUGGACAUGGUGUAUUUACAACAAUAAGAAAAGAGGAUGAAGACAGGAUGAACGCAGAGGAAAAUCAAAAAUUACAAGAAGCAGAACGAAGAAGAAGAGAAUGGCAACCUCCAAAUGUAGAUAGUUCAGAUGGAGAUACUGAUGAUGAAUUAGCAAGGGAUGAAGAUCUAAGCAUCUUCUUAACGCAUUCAACCAAUGAAGGAAAGAAAGAGGUGUCUUUCUCCCGUCCUGAGACGCACCUGUACACUCCAGCUAGCAUCGUUGUCCCUCCAGCUAGCACCGUUGUCCCUCCAGCCAGCACCCUUCCUCCACCCAGCACUGCCCUCCCUCCAACUGAUCAUCCUGAUGUUACUGAUGAGCACACAGAUCCAAUCUCAGCACUAGGUGUGGUCAGUGAGCAGAGUGGCACUGCUACUCCGGCUAAAUCCAUCUUAAGUUGCUCCUCACCGGUUAUCAGAAGAAGACGAAAGAAGAAGAGUAGUGAACCACCGAGGCCUUAUACACCAGUUAGAUCCAAUAUUAAUGUGGAGAAUGAUGAUGGAAGUAAAGCUAACAGGGAUGCUAUAUUUCGUCAGCUGUGUGCAGUUAACUGGAUCUUAGAAGCAAUGAUGACUGAACCACCUGCUGCUAUGGAACCAAUUACUAAAUGCUGGACCAUUAAAUACAAAGAUUUACGGCAAAACACUUUUUGUAAGACGACUGUGAAAGAAAGGAAACGUGAGAAGCUUGUUGAUACAAGAUGGAAUUCCUUUGUCAGUAAUCCAGGAGCUGGUCAUCUGAAAACACGCAAUAGUACCAAAACCUCGCAGUUUGGUCCGAACCUGACUGCCUCAAUGUCCUAUGGUCGAGGUACACGUCGUACGUCAGUCCAAGCAUCCAGUGUGACUGCUCUACAAAAGACUGCAUCUAAUGUUGGAUCAGUCAAUCCUCUGAGUUCUGAUAGUACACCAAGAAAAGAAGAUGACGUGUCAGCUAGGAAGGAAGUAACGCCAGGAAAAGGUACACUGAAACUACUUGAUGAUAUAUAUGAAAGUGCAUCAAUGGUCAGUAAGGUUGAAGAGAUAGAUGAUGCAGCAUCAAGACGGGGUGCUAGACGAGAGAGGUCUCCCUCUGUUGCUAGUGAUCGUAGUGGUGCUUUAAGUACAGGGUCAUCAGGUCAACGAACUACGGUCAGCAAAACACCUACACUAUCAAAGAAACACCUUGAAGAGCGAGAUAAGAAAGUGAUUAAACCGGCUGAAAAACAGAUUCAUACCUGGGUGGCAUCGACCAAUAGGAAGCUAAGAACUAUGAGUGCACCACCCAAGACAGAGUUCAAACCGAUCUUCCCAAGUCAAAAACAUGUUCAUCUACCGUCUGAGUUACGAAGUCGCUUCGCUGACGUCACUGAAGACAAAGCUCUUAUGCUUCAUGAUAAACUAGAAGUCUUAGAGAAGAAGAAACUUUGGCGAAGUGAAGAGAAGUUCCGAGCGAUUCGGACCAAUCUUCACAUCAGUUCUCAACUGGACAGAAUGAAAGAAGCAGCAAGAGAUAAUGAAGAGUCAGCUGAAGAAAAGAUGAGGAAGAAACGAGUAGAGGAAGAAAGUAAAUGGUUUCAGGAGCUAACAUCUCGACUACCUUCCUAUGUAUUUGCUGAUCGAGCCUGUACGGCCAUCUUGGAGAAGCUCCAAAGCAUGGGGAUUAUAGAGAGUCGUAAAAUCACACCACAGAAGUUUCUGAAUGUACUAACGGGUUUGAAGCCAUGGGAACUGUGUCUGCCAGACGUCAGUGCAGCUGUAGAGUUUAUUCGUGAGAGAGUGACGUUGAUGUCAGUGGAGGAUUUUGAGGCGUGGUAUCAACAUGAGAUUCCUGGAAUCAUGAGAUCACAAAGUGCUCCACCAAACACCUUCCCAUCAUGAGCAGAUAUACACUGGAUGAAUGUGUGAUGUUACGAGGUGUGGUGCUAGCACAAGGUCAUAGGGAGCUUGCCUUGGCCAUUAUUUGUCAUUACUAAACUCUGAUGAACUUGGAUCAUAAGUGACUACGCACACAAUUUGGAUGAGGAUUUUACACAAGCGGCUGAAUUAGAUUAGUUGUAUUAUCUUUGUGUAAAUACUCGAUGUUGGUGCUAAACAGCGAGUCGCACUUUACUCUGAAAUAAUGCUUGUAAAUUGCUCCGCUGUGUGACAUGGCCUUUAACUUGGCUGACAUUACCAGUUAGCAUUCAAAACAAUACUGGUAAAGAUAUCAGGGAUUGACGAGACUGACCUUACACAAUUAUAACCUUUGCAUUAUUUGUUCAAUUUAGUCAGAAAAAUGAUGUUAUUACAGUGAGGAUUCAUUGAAUUCAUACCUCGUUUGACUGUGCCAAUAGCAAAGUAUGUACAAGCUGUGUAUUAGGCCUACUCUUUACAACUUUUGCAUUUAGGUUCUGUGCUAUUCUUCAAAUCGUAUCAGGUAAAUUUUCAAGAACAAAGUAUGUAUUAUGUGCUGUGUAUUUAGGACUACUGUUUAUAUAAAUGGGACUUGCAUUUUGGUUCUGUGCCAUUCUUUGAAUUGUAUCAGUCAAUUGUACUAAGAACAGAGCAUGUAUUUAUGGGCCGUUUUCAAUAUUGUGAAUUAUGUGCUAUUGUAUGAAUCAUACCGGUAAAUUGUGCCAAGAACAAAGCAUUUUAUGUGUGGUUUGUAAACAAAAUAUGACUCGUCUCAUUGGUUCUGUGCAGUCCUUACUUCCAGAAGGAUUUUGUUAAAACCUUACACCCAUUUAGCAACAAUUGAAUGCAAAAUCUUGUGGGCUUAAUGAAGUUGGUACUUAACAUUCAGGUCAUCAUUCCUUCCAGCAUUUUUAGUCAGCAAAUUAUUUAAAUGCAACUGUGUUUUGUGGGCUCUGAAAGCCGCUAUUGAGCAGUGAAUUAAGAUUGAGUGGAGUGUGUAGCUUCAUGUCCCAAAUUAUUUGACAUUACAAUUGUUUUGUCACAGGAAAAAUGUACACGUAUACAUGUACAUGUAUAUUUAUUAAAUAGUAAUAGGUUCAGAAGUUUGUUAAAAAGAUAACAUUUUCUGCUUGUAAUGCCUUAAACAGUCACAUCACUGAACAAUUAAAGAAACAUUACAGAAUUGGUUUUGCAAACAAAAAAGUUGCUGGCAAUGUAGCACUUUAUGUAAUCCACCAUA